AUGGUGGUGAAUGGAGCGGCGGCGGGAAGAGGCACUGCUAGGAUCUCUCUUCGUUAUCAAGAUACUUUCACCAAGUCCAUCUCCACCCCCCGGGACCGGAGGAAGCAGGCCAGCGCAGGAAGCCAGAACACCGAAGGCUCCUCGGACUUUGGAGUCGCGCCGACGGACCGCGGAGACUGCCAGCCUCUGCGCUUCCAGGGCUCGUCCCACGCGUCCCCGCGCGAGGUUUCCCCACUCACGGUGGGCGCCAACCUGACCGUGCUGCGCGCUGCCGCCUUCGCCGGGGACGAGGAGGGGGCGGCCGUGCGCCUGCCGCUGCUGGCCGCGCUGCGCCUCACGCAAAACAACAUCGAGGUGGUGGAGGACGGCGCCUUCGACGGACUGCCCAGCCUGGCGGCGCUCGACCUGAGCCAGAACCCGCUGCGCGCCCUGGGCGGUGCCGCCUUCCGCGGGCUGCCCGCGCUGCGCUCGCUGCGGCUCAACCACGCGCUGCUUCAGCGCGGCCCCGCGCUGCUGGACGCGCUGGACGCCGCGCUGGCCCCGCUGGCCGGCCUGCGCUUCCUGGGCCUGGCGGGCAACGAGCUCGGCCACCUUCCGCCCGCCGCGCUGCGCCUGCCGCGCCUCGAGCAGCUGGACGCGCGCCGGAACGCACUCACCGUCUUGGGCGCAGACGAGCUUCGCGCGCUGGAGCGCGAUGGCGACCUCGCGGGGCCUCGCCUGCUGCUCGCCAACAACCCUCUGCGCUGCGGCUGCACCGCGCGCCCUCUGCUGACCUGGCUGCGCAACGCCACGGAGCGCAUCCCCGACGCGCGGCGCCUCCGCUGCGCCGCCCCGAGGCCGCUGCUCAAUCGCUCGUUCCUGGACCUGGAGGAGGCGGAGCUGCGGUGCGCGGCCGAGGGCAACGCCGACGGCCGCGGGGACGACGCGGGACUCGCCGGCCCCGAGCUGGAGGCCUCCUACGUCUUCUUCGGGCUAGUGCUGGCGCUCAUCGGCCUCAUCUUCCUCAUGGUGCUUUACCUGAACCGCCGCGGCAUCCAGCGCUGGAUGCGCAACCUGCGCGAGGCCUGCAGGGACCAGAUGGAGGGUUACCACUACCGCUACGAGCAGGAUGCAGACCCUCGCCGCGCGCCUGCUCCAGCAGCCACCGCCAGCUCCCGAGCCACCUCCCCGGGCUCAGGCCUCUGA